AAUCGACAAGCGCGGCAAAGGCGGAAGCAAGCUUGUGUGUGACGGCCACCGUCUGCAAAAGUUGACAGUCGUCAGAAAAUUGACAGAAAAAGAAGACGGAAAAGUGCUAGUGUGACGCCGCCUUUAUCUCGCCUCUGCCACUCAUCCUGGGACUUCACUCAACAACGCACUCCGAAUCACCUCUAUGGGCCUUUACCGUAGCGACUGAUCUCCACAGCCUUGGGUCAGGAAACAGUCCCGCAUCCUAGAUGUAGCACUCACCCGCCUCCGUCUGGGCCACACAAGACUCACAGCACACCUGCAUCGCCUUGGUCUAUCACCGGACCCCUACUGCCCCUGGUGCAGGACGGUCGAGGAAACCAUCGAACACUUCCACUUACACUGCCCCCGCUUCCACUCCCACCGUGUUGUGCUUCGUGAUCACCUUGCUGCCUUGGGUGUGUCUACCUUUGACCUGCCCACCCUGCUGGCGGCAGCAGGCGUCUACUCCUCACACCAAGCUGCGGUUAUCCGCCUCACCUGCGUCUUCCUGAAGAAGUGUGGACAACUACCCCGCCUGUGAUCACCUCACAGGCCGCCACCAGGGCUCAUAGGAUCUGUGGGAUCGUCGAAGCCCGAAAACAACAACAACAACAGCACACCUGCAUCUCCUUGGUCUAUCACCGGACCCCUACUGCCCCUGGUGCAGGACGGUUGAGGAAACCAUCGAACACUUCCUCUUACACUGGCCCCGCUUCCACUCCCACCGUGUUGUGCUCUGUGAUCACCUUGCUGCCUUGGGUGUGUCUACCUUUGACCUGCCCACCCUGCUGGUGGCGGCUGGGAUCGUCGAAGCCCGAAAACAACAACUAACUAAAAGCAAGCUGCUACGCCUGUGAUAGCAUCACAGGACUACUCCAGGCUUAUAAGAACCACAAAGAUCUUCAUAGCACUAAUAACAAACAUCAGGAUCAAUUGCAGCUCCCUAUUAUAUUUUGGAGCGGUGAGAAAGAGGCUGAAGACAGUUAGUGAGACGAGGAGAGUUGAUGAGACGAAGAGCUUUUGAUUCCACCCUAUCAAGCAAAGCUGUGUGACGGGAAUCCCCCCAAACAUGCGAAGAGUACUCCAUACAGGGACGGAUAACGCCCUUAUACAGAGGAAGAUUGAAGAAUGAUUUCUCUAACUCAGCACCUGAAAAGCUGGAGGUGUUUGGCUUCACUUUCCCAGCAUUACUGCCACCAUAGACUGCUCACCUCUUCAGUAGCCAAAUCAGAAUCUCAAAACAUUACUGACCAAGAGAACUCAUUUGGUCGUAUUGCAGUAGGAAGACAAAAAAAAAGAUUAGAGAAAGAGAAAAAUGGUCCCUCUAGAAAAUUUCCCAAACAUGUUAGAGGCUUUUUUAAACUAAUCCAUUCUGACUCAUCUGGAAAAGACAUCAAACAUAAUAAAGGCUUUCUUGAAUCAGCUCAUUCUCACUUCUCAAGGAAUUUAUCAGGAAUCUCCCAAGACAGUAUUGUUGAGAAUUGGCAUCAGUUUAGGAAUAACAAAUAUCAAGAUACAUUAGUCAGUUGGGAAAGUGAUCAACAAGAUGAUGCUGAGGAGGACUAUAACUGCUUUGUUUCUGGUAAUGCCUCUAUUCUGGAAGAUGAGGGUUGGAAAGACUCAUCUCAGAAGACUGUGGAAUCUUUAAAGAAAAAUGUAAUUGAUAUCAACAAUAAAAAAGAAAAAUUACACAAGCUUGUGAAAAAAAAGAGAAACUUUGGAAGCUUAAGUCCCCUAUAUGAGGAACCAGAGGGUGAUGAUAGGGACCGAAGGGAGGAGAGAUAUCAAAGUGCUAAGUUGGAGAGGCAGCAUCGACCCAACUUUUAUGGAUUCAAGAUGAAGAAACUCUGCAAGGAAAGAAAGUUGGGUGAGGCUAUCAGUGUUUUGGAGGAAGAAAUGCCAGCUGCUGGAUCCAAGCCAAAUCACUACUGUUUCCAGGUUUUGAUUAAUGCCUGUGGCCGUGCUGGCUAUACCAAGAAAGCCUUUCAACUCUACAAUCAGAUGAAGAAGCAUGGCCUCAAGGUGGAACCUGUUGCAUAUACUGGGCUGUUCCUUGCGUGUGCCCACUCACCUUGGCCUACCACUGAUGGUCUUCAGCGAGCUACACACUUACGUUCGUAUCUCCUGGAGAAGAACUUCCAGUUCAAUCAGAUUAUCUGUCAUGCUAUGAUCAAAGCAUUUGGUUGGUGUGGAGACAUGGGCACAGCGUUCCAAGUGGUAGAUGAAAUGAUUCAAGAUGGAAUAAUGGUGACAACUGAGACAAUGAGUUUCCUCCUGCAGGCAUGUAUUACCAACAAGGAAGCUGGCUUUUGGCAUGCUAUGAAGGUGUGGAGAAAAAUGAGGGAGUUGAAGCUGCAGCCAAAUAUACAUUCUUAUAAUCAUCUAAUGCAUAUCAUGAAGGACUGUGGUGCUGGGGAUCCCAAAUUUAUUAUUGAUUUGCUGAAGGAAAAUGACCAGCUCAGCUUAGAAGACAAAACAAACCCAUCCAAAAAGUAUAAAGUCAUCCCUGAAACACUGAAUUUGAAUGUUAAAUCAUUAAAUUCUGAAAAGAAUCUCAGAAAAAUUCAAGAGGACAGUGUUGUGCAUCAUCUAGAAAUUAAUGAUAGUAAAGAAAAUAUGAAUGAGAAUCUAAGCAAGAGUGUAUUGCCCAAUAUUCUUGGCAAAAGGCUGACUAGUAGGGAUGCUGUAGCUCUUGGUACUCUGGAUCAUCCAUCAGACAGGCUGGCAUUUCUUGGUGGCCCAAGUAAUAUUCUAAUGCAGAUGAAGAGAGACAAAAUCACACCAGACCUCAAGACCUUCACCCAGAUGUUGGAAUCACUGCCUCCUGAUACACAAGCUGAACAAGCACUUAUAGAAUCAAUGAAGAAUUUUAAGCUACAGCCUGACACUCAGUUCUUCAAUAUGCUUAUCAAGAAACGAAAUUUUAGGCAGGACAUAAAAGCAGCUCGGGAGGUAAUCACCCAGAUGCAGCAUUACCACCUUCUUCCAGACCUCAUUACGUAUGGAUGUUUGGCAUUAGGGUGUCACAACCUGCACAGUGCCUCUCAGCUAUUGAAGGAUAUGGAUGUCAACUUUUUCCAACCCAAUAUAGAAAUAAUGACUAUUUUGGUCAAGAACAGUUUAGUAAAACAAGAUUAUACUUUUACUGUGGCCAUGUUGAGGAAGAUGCAAGAAAAGGCUGUAUCCCCUCAUGACCUUCUGCUCUCUGAGCUUGAACGAGCCAGAAUAAGGGCACGGAAGAUUCUUAUGGAUGAGGUACAAGUAGUGAUUGGAAAAAUCGGAAAGGAGAGCAGAGGAAAGAGAAAAACUAAUGAAAACAGCACUAAGACACAAGAAAAAGAGAAGAAAGCUGCAAAAGUGUUUUUAUCAGCCUACAAGAUCUGGCUUAAGGAUACAGAAGUUCAGCUCCCUGAACAUCCAUGGACACAAUAUCAGUAAUGCAAUUACUUUGAUAUGUACAUAAAUAUUUCAGUCCAGUGUUGUAUAGAACUAAGUAAAUUUUUAAAAAUUAA